CUUGCAUUUGUAUUCGUUUGGCUUCGCAUGACGCCAUCUUGAAUUGAUUGGUGACUAUGGUCAUCUCGCUCUAAUCUUCGGUGGAACAGAGCCGGUGAAAAAAGGAGUCGCCAUGGACAUGCAAGUGCAGCGCCCCAUAACAUCCGGCAGCAGACAGGCCCCGGAUCCGUACGACCAGUACUUGGAGAGCCGCGGACUCUACCGGAAGCAUACGGCCCGGGACGCAUCCAGUUUGUUCCGGGUGAUCGCCGAGCAGAUGUACGACACCCAGAUGCUGCACUACGAAAUUCGGCUGGAGUGCGUACGCUUCAUGACCCUAAAGCGGCGAAUUUUUGAGAAGGACAUCCCCGGUGAUUUUGACAGCUAUAUGCAGGACAUGUCUAAGCCCAAGACCUAUGGAACCAUGACAGAACUUCGCGCUAUGUCCUGCUUGUAUCGUCGCAAUGUAAUCUUGUACGAGCCCUACAACAUGGGAACCAGCGUCAUUUUCAAUCGACGCUAUCCGGAAAACUUCCGUCUCUUCUUCAACAACGAGAACCACUUUGAUUCGGUGUACAAAGUGAACUAUAUAGAAUCUGCUGCCAUUUGCCAGUCGAUCGCCUUCAAGUUGCUAUACCAGCAGCUCUUCAAGCUGCCCGAUGUAUCGUUUGCUGUGGAGAUCAUGUUGCAUCCGCAUUCUUUCAAUUGGGAAAAGUUCGACGUGCAGUUCGAUGACAGGGGCUAUAUGGUUCGCAUUCAGUGCUCCGAUGGUCGAGUCUUCGCCCUUGAUCUGCCCGAGAACACCAACUGCAUAUUGGAGAACUAUAUGCUGUGCAAUUUUCACAGCACCUGUGGAAAUCAGAGCAUUAUUAGUCGAAAGGCGGCACGGCGGGAGUUAAAAAACCAGGACGAUCGAAAGCAGGCUGUCAGUAAUGGGCACGAAUCAAGCGAACAGAUGCCCAUGUGUCCCAACCGACUGGAAUCCUGUGUGCGCCAGCUUCUGGAUGAUGGCAUCACACCGUUUCCGUACAAGGUGGCCAAAUCCAUGGACCCCUACAUGUAUCGGAAUAUCGAAUUCGAUUGCUGGAACGAUAUGCGCAAGGAGGCCAAGCGCUAUAAUGUCUACGUCAAUGACUAUAACUUUAAGGUAGGCGCCAAGUGCAAGGUGGAAUCGGAGCACGACUCGGAGAUGUACACGUGCCACAUCCAAAGCAUCUCCAAAGACAAGACCUACUGCGUCGUCUUUGUGGAGGCGAUUGGCAAGAAGCUAGGGGUUCCCUACGAGUCGCUGCAUCCCCUGCCCCCAGAAGAGUACCGUCCAUGGGCGCUGCCCUUCCGCUAUCAGCGCCACAUGAAUCGCAUGCCGUUGCCCAAGUUUACCGGCAAAACAAACAAGACCUCUUCCAAGUGGAAGAAGAACAAGGUGUUCGAAAUGGGCCAGUACUUUGAGCCCGGCAAAUGUGACUUGAUGCCGAUGCAGGGCUACAUCCCAGUGGAGAAUUGCUAUCAGGAGAUGCACCACCACCAGGAAGAACUGCAGCAGCGCGAUCAAAGAGAUCCCGAUCAGAGUGACCACAAUCCGGUGGCGGAGCAGCGUGAUCGUGAGGAGCCGCAGAAGCAGCAGCAACUGCAGCGCUCCAAGGGAUCGAGGGUUCAGCGGCAGAACUCGAAUUCCAGCCAAAUCCCAGAGUCUCCGGUUUCGACUGUUCCACCACCGACUCAGUACAUGAACUAUGUGCCCCUGUUGGCGGGUCGUCCUGGCCAGGUUCCGCCGCCUUGGCCCUCGUCUCCGCUGGCGCUCACCGAGGAGUUCCAGUUUCCCAUGUCCGGACAACCGCAUCCGCCGCCAGCCGAGAGCUGUGUCUAUAUGCCCUUCGGUGGUUAUGGUCCGCCACCACCGGGAGCCCUCGCUUUGCCGGGACCGCAUCCGUUCAUGCCGCUGCCUCCGCCGCCGCUGAAUGCUCCCGGAGUUGGAGAACCACGUCGUUCCCUUCACCUGAACGGUGAGGACUUGCCAAUGGAUAUGGUCACCUUGAGAUAUUUCUACAAUAUGGGCGUGGAUAUGCAUUGGCGCAUGGCCCAUCACCCACCGCCUGAGGAGCUAUCGUUAAUUGGCUACAGUCAUCAGAACAACACGGACCAACAGUCGCCGGGAAGGAACUCUGGCGGAGAGGAGCAUUUGGCCGCCGAGGCCACGCCACCGCCUUCGCCAGAGGUGGAAAAUGGCACGGUGCAGCAGUCGCCGCUGGAGAAGGCCGGCGGCUACUCCAAGCGCAAUUUGACUCCGGCUAAGGGACGCGGUAAACGGCCGGAGCAUCUUCAAGAUCUAAAGGAUCCGCUAGGGCCGGCGGCCUUCUUACCCACGCCCACACCAUCGCCCAGCUCGAAUGGCAGUCAGUUUAGUUUCUACACUUCCACACCACCGCCUCAUCAUCUGAUGUCGCCGCCGAGGCUGCUCCAACCACCGCCGCCGCCGCCGCCGAUAUUCUUCCACAAGGCGGGACCACCUCAGUUACCGGGAACAGCACCUGGACAGAAUCCCUAUGCCUGGGGCAUGGCUACUCCUGUGGUGGCCCCCUACGAGGUGAUCAACAACUACAACAUGGAGUCGGCGGCACAGUCACCACAACAACAUCAGCAGCAGCAGCAGACGUCGCCCUUGCCACCAACUCCCGUGCCCGUCCAAUCCCAGCCAGCAGCCGUCUAUGCUGCACCGCGUCAUCACUAAAACGGGGAAAAAAAUCAGAUCAGAUCAGAUCACUUCGAAGAGAGAGGCCAUUCCCGUUCCCGUUCCCAUUCGCAUUGAGUGCAUUCCAAUCCAACCAAUGACUUUUAAAAUUUAAACUCAUUUUUAAAUUUGUAGUCAACUUUUUAUAGGCCACCUGCUCGAUGGCGCUUUUCAAUUACCGUUCAGCUUCUGUACAACAAUCGAUUGCAUAAUUUAACGCAAAUGUCAACACAACUUCAUUUUAAACUUGUAACUUAACGUAAUUUUAUGCGAUUUUUUUUAAAGUUAACAAAGGUAGCCGGCAAGAAAACAAAGAACCACCUAUUUAUAUGAUUUAUUUAAAACCCUUCCAAACUAACACUAUAUAAUCUUAUAUAUUUAUGUACUCGCUGAUCGGCUAGAGACUCACCUAUGUAAAGUGUACCAGAAAAUUAACCAUAAAUAAAACAAGAUUCGAGUAUAACGCACAAGACAAUA